AUGGGAUCAAGCCUUUCAGAAGCUCGGAUGGUGGCAUCCGGCCGGCAAUGGCGACAUCCUUUGGUGUCAUCACGGGUGCUGCUUUGUGGCCAGAUCUUGUCGCGGCAGGCCUGCCUGCACAGUGUGCCCUGGCGCGCCAAAGACUUCUGCAGCAUGACGGCAACAGCAAGGCAAAGGCUACUGCCUGAAGAGGCUUCCCUGCCAGUGAGAUCUGAAGGUUCCGGGCCAGAGACACUCUUCUUCGUGCAUGGCUGGCCUGACGAUGCAGCUGUCUGGCAGGCGCAGGUGGAGCACUUCAAGAGUCGAUAUUCGUGCAAGUGCGUGACCUUGCCAUUCUUUGGACAGCCUUCUGACGCGCAGCAGAGCUAUUCCUCGAAGGGCUACGAUUUCGAGGAGGUGGCGGACAUGCUAGCUCAGACCAUCCGCCACGAGUGCAAGCACAGAGUCAUUCUUGUGCUGCACGAUUGGGGCUGUCCUUGGGGAUUUAUGCUGCAACAGCGGCAUCCCGGUCUGGUGACAUCCAUCAUUGCUUUGGAUGUUGGGCAUCCUUCGUUCUUUGGCUGGAAGGACGCUGUGUAUUACUUCGUGAAGUACCAGGCCUGGUUGGUGGCCGCCUAUCUCGUGUGUCGGAUGACGGCAAGAACACCCUUUGCUGAUGCGGGGCAAAAUCUUGGGGACCGCAUGGCACGUGUGCUGGCACGGUACAUUGGCCGGGACCAUAUGCACGUCACCGGGAAAGCAUGUUAUCCAUAUUUCUACUUCUUCACCAGCUUUGCCUCUUGGGCUCCUUCGAAGCCCUCAGUCCUCGAAGGCAAAGCUCUUCCGAGCUGCCCGUGUUUGUUUAUGUAUGGCCAGAAGUUCGGAAGGAACAAGCCCUUCCUGUUUCACACAGCCGAAUGGGAAGAAUACAUGAGAUCUCGCACAGAUUGUCUCGUAGUGCCUGUGGAUGCGGGGCAUUAUUUGCAGGAAGAGGCAGCUGUGCAAGUGAAUCAAGCAAUUGAGGGAUGGCUUCGGACAGCGGUCUCAGCGAAAUGA